AAUACAAAUUUUCACAGAGUUAUAGUAGUUACAUACAACAAUAAUGAAUAAAAGUACUGUUAGUGUUAAUUCUUUAAUAAGCAUUCGAGAUCCACACAACUUUGAAAGAUUACGUAAAAAGUGGUCUGAGCAUGCUCGAAUGGCAAAUAGCAGCACAUCCCCCCAGUGUUCAUGUAAUUCAACAAAUAAAUGCAAAGGUCGAUUUGGCUUAGCAUGGGUAACAACACUACCCCAUGAUUGCUGUGAACCUGUAGAGUGGCAUUUUGAAAUAAUGGAUUCACCAUCAAAAGUGAAAAAAAAAUUCAAGGAAAUGGCUAAUUUUAUAAGUGACCAUGGACAUUGUCAACACCAAAAGUUUGCUGAAUCAAAAAAGAUUGCAAAUUUCAGUCAGAAUAAUUUUAACUGUAAGUGGAAGGAAGAGAAAGAAAAUAAAAACAGAUCGUUUAAUGCUGAUAAACUGAAGGAUGAAAAACAGGAAUGUUGUUCUACAACUACAAGUCACACACAAACUGACUCACACCAAAUUGAAGUAAAUGCUGAAUGCAACACCGAUAAUGAGAAUAAUUAUUCCAUAUUUCAAGGACUACAGAACUAUUUUCUAAGAGAAAUUCUAAGAGAAUGUCACGACCAAGUUCAAGAUCAAAAAGUAUUAAAAUACACGAGAAGCAAAAGUAUUAUGAGAAAAGUGUUUGAAAAUAAUGGUAAAAAAAAUCGGCAAAUUUUACAACGGGUUACAUUCAAUUUAAAUACAGGUUUACAAAAGAAUAGUUAUCCUGAAGAAUUGUCUCCAGAAAAUCAAACGACUGCAUUCCCAAUAUUGCAUGAGAAGCUUUCAUCUGAUAAAAAGCAAGAACAAUGUACAUUGAACAAAGAACAAGAGAGUAUUCCUGCAAAGAAUCAAAUUUUUACACACGAAUUUUCAAAACAGUUGUGUUUAUCAUCAAAGAAUUACCAACAAUCUGUUCAGAAACAGGUAAAUGGGCCUACCGAGAAAGACCAUCUGGAUCCUUAUCUAUCUUCUCAGAAGGAAAAAGAAUUUUGUGCUUGUCAUGCGGAAAAGACGCAAGAAUCGAAAGAACUAAAUAUUUCUUCAAAAACGCAAUUACCGAAGAAAAGAAGACAACCACUAAGCAUGGAAACGUUUACGCAAAACAAUAUGCAGAGUUUGCCAAAAAAUAACGAGCAUAUUUACUCAACAAAACAGAUUUCCAACAUUCUUAAAAUCCAAGUUUACAGUCCACCAGAAGUGCCAAUGUUCACUUCAAAACUGAAGGUUUCAUGUUCCAAUGAUGCAUUUAAUUCCAAAAUUUACAAUAUAAAUAACAAAUCAAACUCAAAAAUAAAUCCCUGCACGUCAAAUAAUGGGAAAAACAAUUCUCAUAAAAUAAAAAGACUUUUUUCGAUUAAAGAGAUAGCAUGUGGACCAAAAGUAUCAACAUGUGGAUUAAAUUUAUUAACUUCAAAAUCAGAAGUCACAGAAACAAGAACAAGCCGACAUAAAUCAGAAAAGGAAAAUCACAUAUUAAAAUGCAAGGCAAGUUUCGUAGAAGUACAAGGUUUUAGUCCUUCAGCAGAAGAUGCUUGCAUGGUAAAGACACAUGAUGAAACAAAACCGAACGUUUGCAAAUCAUGCCAAAACGUAAAUCUAAACUGUACAAAAUCUGUAACUUGUAUGACCGAUGAUAAUAAAAGAAACGCAUUAAAGAUGCAAGUUUUUGUCCCCACAAGUAUAUAUGGAUCAAACAAAGAAAUUCGCUCGUCAAAUUUUAAAAGUAGUCCUUUCAACGAUCGUGUUGUAAAGAUAACAGAACAUAAUUUUGUUAGUAAGGAAAACUGGCUGACUAAUAAUAAAAUAAUUUCAUCAAGAGUUAAGACAAGUAUAAAGGAAGAAAUAAGUUAUAAUCCAGAAAUUGAAAUUAUUGAACCAGUAAAAAAAAUGUAUACUCCAAAUGAAAACUAUACAAAAGGGCAAAUUAGUUCUUCUACUUGUUUUCCAGAAGAAACUAUGCCUAAACUUUCCUAUGACGAAACGAAAAAGAAACAAGUGUCCAAAAUUUGUGGUGAUACCAUAAUGCCACCGACAAUAAAAAAUAAAACCAAUGUUAAGUAUUAUACCUACAAUCACAGUUGCUCUGAUGGUUCUGUUGCUUUUGAGAAACAGUACACUCAGAGUUCCAUAUAUUUUCGAAAGUCGUGGAUGCCCGUUGAAAUCUUAAAGAAUUUGCUCGGGAAACUUGAAAAGAAAAUUGCAUCCAGUUUUAGCAUGCCGCAAGAAGUUUCUAAAAUUUACAACCCGACCCCAUUCUCUAUUAUUAAUGACGGAAUUAGGGUAAAAGAUGUCGAUCCAUAUCAAAAGUAAUUCUUUUAAUUCCUAUAUAAUGUAUUAAAUAUGAUUGUUGUUUACGUUUACAAUAAAAUUAAUAAGAAGCACCA